AUGUGUAAAGACUGUCCUCCAUUAAACCCUUCCCAAGAGGGGUAUCAAGAUAAGCGAGAUCCACACGAUGGAACCUUCGAAAAAUUCACCCUGCUUCCGAAGGAAGUUCAAUGCGCGAUCUUCAAGGAGGCAUUACCAAGUCCCCAAGUCAUCGAUCUGGCUUUUGAAAUUACUGAAACCCGCGAUCACAGUGCGCGAAGAAUAGUUCGACAGCUGGAGAUUUCCAUACCCACGAAUCCCAGCAUGCUCCCGUUACUCGAAGCCUGUGCUACUUCGAACGCGGAGGUAUAUCGAAACGUUCAACAUAUCGAAAUCACACGUCUGGGAACAAAAACACCUUUCGCAAUCUCGAACCCAGUGAUGGGGGUUCCUCCGCAUAUUCGUAAUUACGAAGUCGUAAACCGCUUGAAAGCAUCUACGAAGCCUAACACGAGAGCUUAUACUUACAUGAGAGCAGAUAAAGAUAUCCUCAUGUUGGAUGCCGCUAACGUCUUCACCUUGUAUAGCUACGGUGGUACUAUUUCGAUGUCCAAUAUCAAGUGUCUAGCGCUCCAAAAUGCCUCCCUUGAUGGUAUGACCUGGGAGCUUCCCGGAAACAUGCUUGGUAUAAACUAUGAGCUUCGCCGUCUGCACAUUUUUUUCAAGAUGAUCAGUCUCCAUUGCCCCGCACUCUCAAAGGUGUAUUUCCUCCUUGACGGUCGCAACUAUUUUCAUUUUAACGAACCGCCCGUUCAGAGUCAAAAAUUGGAAUUACGGAUCCUUAAUAUGGAAAGCGAUUUCUUCUUUCAAGACUUUACUGGUAUGGGAACGAAAUAUAAGGCGGAAGGAGCAUGGGAAGAGUCGGCAAGGUUGAGUCUUCAAGGAGAUGCUAAAUACGUAAUGAGAGAUUGGAAGAACUAUAGAAAAGCUAUCGUUCGAAACAUUGCACGGGAUGGAGACGUCGUGAAUUUUUGGAAGACUAGGGAACCAGUCAUAGGCUUGGUGGGCUGGUUCUAUGCAGAUGCUCAAGUUGACCCUUCAGUUUUUCCUCUUCCUCGAAUGUACGUACCAUCUCUACUAGCUUGGUUACCGGCCCAUGCUGAUGGUACUAUCAUGGAUAGGUAUAAAGGAUUAACGCAGAUAUUUGACGGUGCUCCAUGGUAG